UUAGAGCUGUGCAAAUCAACACAUUUCUGUGGGUAAUUUAAAUUUUGCAUUCUGCAUAGAUAACCAAAAAGAUCCCUUGUGAGAAUGCUUCCUGGCUAGAGGCAGAUCAAAGCGCCCUCGUCUUAAGAGGGGGCUAUUUUCAGCUCCUGCUGUCCAUUUAGUAUUCCCGAACAGCAACUGGUGGCAACUAAAAAUAAGGAGCUUGGCCACCAGCUAAGAAUUCAGUCCUACGGGCAGUGCUCCGGGAGUACCGGCGAGAUCCUGGAUGCCUUGUGCAGCAUCACCCUCCUGCCCACUCAUCAGUGUAGUCUUCUGCAUUUUGAAAGCUAUUGAGAAGCCAUUAGCAGGCAGGACCGGGAGGGAGAGCCGCACUGCAGCACACCUCCACGCUAGUGGCAGGCUGUAGCCGCACGCACGUGAGUGCCAAUUAGAGCGACCCUUCCCAGGACUGUGGCGCUGGAAUGUGUCAAUCAAGGGCGCUGGGCUAGCACGUGCAGCGCAGUGGCUCAGACCCACCCUGGGGGCUGCUCUGAACUCCAGCUGCUGAAUGAAAAUGAGCUGCUGCUCUUUGCAAGAUCAUGAAGGGGAGCCUCUGUUCAGUAGUGCAUUCUGAGGUACACCGUUACCUGAGCGGGGACCCUAAAUUAUGCAUUUUCUGGAGACAACAGUCAUAGCUGAAGAGAAUGCUGGGACCCACGGCAGGAUCCGAGCCUGAGAAGGGACAAUGUCUCAGUAUCAUUUUAUCAAGUACUGUUGCUACCAGCUAUGUAAUGUUUUUCGAUCUCAUGAGAUGGAAAUUGACCAGUGCUUGCUGGAGUCCCUCCCCCUGGGCCAGCGGCAGCGUCUGGUGAAGCGCAUGCGCUGUGAGCAAAUCAAAGCUUACUAUGAGCGAGAGAAAGUGUUCCAGAAGCAGGAAGGGCCCCUGAAGAGAAGCAAGCCUGGGAAGAGGCAGAAGGUUCGCUUCGGCCUGGCUGACAUGAUUCAGGAUGCUGUCAUCCACCAUCAUGACAAAGAGGUGCUUCAACUCUUGAAGGAGGGGGCAGAUCCACACACUCUCGUGUCCUCAGGAGGGUCUUUGCUACACCUGUGUGCUAGAUACGACAACGUCUUCAUUGCAGAAGUCCUCAUUGACAGGGGCGUCAAUGUCAACCAUCAGGAUGAGGACUUUUGGACCCCAAUGCACAUUGCCUGUGCCUGUGACAACCCUGACAUUGUCCUGUUGCUCAUAUUAGCUGGAGCCAACGUCUUUCUGCAAGAUGUGAAUGGAAACAUCCCUUUAGAUUAUGCCGUUGAGGGGACAGAAUCUAGUGCUAUCCUGCUGGCCUAUCUGGAUGAGAAAGGGGUGGACCUCAGCUCGCUGCGCCAGAUAAAGCUGCAGCGACCCCUGAGUAUGCUAACGGACGUCAGGCACUUCCUGUCUUCAGGCGGAGAUGUCAACGAGAAAAAUGAUGAUGGAGUGACCCUGCUGCACAUGGCGUGUGCCAGUGGGUAUAAAGAGGUGGUAUUGCUUCUCCUGGAACACGGUGGAGACCUCAAUGGGACAGACGACAGGUACUGGACACCCCUGCACUUAGCAGCCAAGUAUGGCCAGACAACCCUGGUGAAGCUCCUUCUGGCACAUCAGGCAAACCCCCACCUUGUGAACUGCAAUGGGGAGAAACCAUCAGACAUCGCUGCCUCCGAGUCGAUCGAGGAGAUGUUGCUGAAAGCCGAAAUCGCCUGGGAAGAGAAAAUGAAAGAGUCUCCGUCAGCCCCCAGCUUAGCACAGGAAGAGCUGUACGAGAUCCUUCAUGACCUCCCAGAUCUCUCCAGUAAGCUAAGUCCCCUGGUGCUACCAAUCGCCAAGCAGGACAGCUUACUGGAAAAAGACAUUAUGUUCAAAGACACAACGAAAGGUCUGUGCAAGCAGGAGUCCCAGGAUGGCCCUCCUGAGACCAGCAUGACAAGCAACUGCGGCAAGCCAGAGCAGGUCCAGGUCAUGCCUCCAGCUCCCAGCGAUGACCUAGCCACACUCAGUGAGCUUAAUGACAGCAGCCUGCUGUAUGAAAUUCAGAAGCGCUUUGGAAAUGACCAGAUACACACCUUUAUCGGAGACAUCUUUUUGCUUGUUAACCCAUUCAAAGAACUCCCAAUUUACUCCACUAUGGUGUCCCAGAUGUAUCUGAGCCCCACAGGCCAGCGCAGCCCCUCACUGCCACCCCACCUCUUCUCCUGCGCAGAGAGAGCCUUCCACAGACUGUUCCAGGAGCGAAAGCCACAGAACAUCAUCCUCAGUGGAGAACGAGGGUCAGGGAAGACCCAGGCCAGCAAGCAGAUCAUGAAGUACCUGACCAGCAGGGCCAGCUCCAGCUGUACCAUGUUUGACUCCAGACUCAGGCAUGCCAUAUACAUCGUGGAGGCCUUCGGACAUGCCAAGACCACACUCAACAAUGUGUCCAGUUGCCUCAUACAGUACUGGGAACUGCAGUGCUGUCAGAGGAGAAAGCACAUAACUGGAGCCAGAAUUUCCACUUACAUGCUGGAGAAGUCCAGGGUUGUGGCUCAGCCUCCCGGCCAGGGCACCUUUCUGAUUUUCUCCUGGUUGAUGGACGGGUUAUCUUCGGAAGAAAAAUGUGGACUUCACCUUAAUAACUUCUGUGCACACCGGUAUGUGAGCCAAGGCAUGCGGGAAGAUGUGUCUACAGCAGAGCAUUCUCUGAACAAGGAGAGACUUGCAGCUCUGAAACAUGCUCUGAAUGUAAUUGGCUUCAGCACCUUGGAGGUGGAAAACCUAUUCGUUAUCCUAUCGGCGAUACUACACAUCGGAGACAUUCAGUUCACUGCACUAACAGAAGCUGACUCGGCCUUUGUCUCUGACCUCCAGCUUCUGGAACAAGUGGCAGGUAUGUUGCAAGUGUCGACCGACGAGCUGGCAUCCGCCCUAACAACUGAUAUUCAGUAUUUUAAAGGAGAUGUGAUAAUACGUCGACACACUAUCCAGAUGGCUGCGUUUUACCGCGACCUCCUGGCCAAGUCACUGUACAGUCGUUUGUUUGGCUUUCUGAUAAACACUGUGAAUUGCUGCCUCCAGAAUCAAGAUGAAUAUAAAAGCCUACAGACAUUGGAUAUUGGAAUACUGGACAUUUUUGGUUUUGAGGAAUUUCAAAAGAAUGAAUUUGAACAACUCUGUGUCAACCUGACCAACGAAAAGAUGCACCACUAUAUCCAAGAGGUGCUUUUCCUACAAGAGCAAACAGAGUGUGUACAAGAGGGAGUUGCCAUGGAAACUGCCUGUUCUCCUGGUAACCAGGCUGGAGUUUUGGAUUUCUUCUUCCAGAAACCAUCAGGAUUCUUCUCCUUACUGGAUGAGGAGAGUCAAGUGAUUUGGUCAGGGGAGCCAAACCUCCCCAGAAAGCUGCAGGGUCUCCUGGAAUCCUCAAACACAAAUGCAGUCUACUCCCCUGUGAAGGACGGCAAUGGAAAUGUUGCUUUCAAAGGUCAAGGUGCGGCCUUCACUGUCAUGCACUACGCAGGAAGGGUCAUGUAUGAAAUGGGAGGAGCAGUUGAAAGAAACAAAGACUCUCUUUCACAGAACCUCUUAUUUGUAAUGAAAACAAGUGAAAAUGUCGUGAUCAGUCAUUUGUUCCAGUCAAAGCUGUCACAAACAGGAUCGCUCAUAUCUUCCUACCCAUCCUUUAAAUUUGGAGGACACAAAUCCACCCUGCUUAGCAAGAGAACCGCCUCUUCCAUGGUUGGAGUAAAUAAGAAUUACCUGGAACUUAGCAAGUUAUUAAAAAAGAAGGGAACUUCCACAUUCCUACAAAGACUGGAACGAGGAGAGCCUGCCACCGCUGCAUCACAACUCACGAAAUCUCUGGCAGACAUUACUGCGAAGCUGCAAAGGGGCAGCCCACACUUCAUCCUUUGCAUCAAGCCCAAUACCUCGCAGCUGCCUGGUGUGUUUGAUCACUUCUACGUGUCUGCCCAACUGCAGUACCUCGGUGUCCUGGGGCUGGUGAGGCUAUUCCGCUCUGGGUAUCCAGUGCGCCCUUCCUUCGAGGACUUCCUGUCCAGAUACGAGCCACUGGCUUCUGUUCUUCUGGGCGAGACGAAGGGUCAGGCUGCUGAGGAGAGGUGUCGACUUGUUCUCCAGCGGUGUAAACUGCAAGGUUGGCAGAUUGGAGUACACAAAGUGUUCCUGAAGUACUGGCACGUGGACCAGCUCAGCGACCUGUGGCUCCAGCUGCAAAGGAAGAUUGUAACUUGCCAGAAAGUUAUAAGAGGAUUUCUGGCACGCCAGCACUUACUUCAGAGAAUGAGCAUCAAGCAACAAGAGGUUACAUCCAUCAAGAGCUUCUUACAGAGCACAGAGGACAUGGCACUGAAAACCUAUGAUGCCCUGGUCAUUCAGAACGCUUCCGAUAUCGCCCGGGAACACGACAGGCUCCGGAAGGAGGUCCACACUGCCUACCACAGGAACAGACAAGAGGAAGGAACCAAGAGAGCUGAAGACCAAGGAGGAUGCAGGCACGUCCACUCCAACUCCGUGCCGGUGCCCAUGGUAGUAGACAGCCUCGCCCAGGCUCUCACCGGACCAUCUACCCGGCCCCCAUCAUUGCACUCUGUGUUCAGCAUGGAUGACAGCACUGGCCUCCCAUCACCACGGAAACAGCCUCCACCCAAGCCAAAGAGGGACCCCAACACCCGGCUGAGUGCCUCCUAUGAGGCUGUGAGCGCCUGCCUUUCAGCUGCCAAGGAUGCAGCCGGUGAAGCUCUGACACGGCCCAGACCCCACAGUGAUGACUAUAGCACCAUGAAGAAGAUUCCCCCUCGGAAGCCAAAGAGAAGUCCCCACACGAAGCUCAGUGGCUCUUAUGAGGAGAUCUGGGGACCACCACGACCUUCUGGCACCAUGGGCCAGGGGGGCAGGCAUCAGGCCCCAGGGACACUGAGUGUGCAGUGGGCCAGGCCUGACUCAGUGCCGCAGUGCACACCACAGCUGCCUCUGCACCUGCCAUUGCCACAGGGCGACUAUGACGAUGAUGCUGAGCCUGUGUACAUCGAGAUGGUGGGGAAUGCAGCCAGGGCAGGUGGAUCUGAGACCGACAGCCCUGACCAGGGCGAGUCUGUGUAUGAGGAGAUGAAGUACAUCUUGCCAGAGGAGGGCUGUGGCCUAGGGAUGCUCACCUUCCUGCCUGCCUCACCUCCUUUGUUUUUAGAGACUCGAAAAGCCAUCAUCUUGGAGGCUGCUGAGGGGAACUGCCAGCCCUCAAAGGAUACAUGUGACAUCCCCCCACCCUUCCCCAAUCUGCUUCCCCACAGGCCACCACUCCUAGUCUUUCCCCCCACCCCAGUGACCCGCUCCCCAGCUUCUGACGAGUCUCCACUGACACCCUUGGAGGUGAAGAAACUGCCAGUCUUAGAGACCAACCUCAAGUACCCGGUGCAGUCUGAAGGCUCCAGUCCCUUGUCACCACAGUACUCAAAAGCACAGAAGGGAGAUAAUGACCAGCUGGCAUCCCCUGGCUUUCCUGUGUUUAAUGGGCCCAGCCGAAUCUCACCACCUGCCACACCACCGCCACCCCCAGGGCCACCUCCUGCACCCUGUGGGCCACCUCCUGCACCCUGUGGGCCACCUCCUGCACCCUGUGGACCACCUCCUGCACCCUGUGGACCACCUCCUGCACCCUGUGGACCACCUCCUGCACCCUGUGGAGCGGCCUCUGCAUCCUGUGGGGUGGCCCCUGCACCCUGCAGGCCACCCACCCACUUCGCCUUCCCACCAGAGUCUGUCCUGGUCACUGCAGCUAAAGCGCUGACUAACUCAGACCUGCCCAGAACACAGCCAAAGCCCAGUUCGGCCCCAGUACCGGGUCCCUGCAGCUCCUUUGUCAAGGCUCCAUAUUCACCGGGAAAGACAGCCAGAGCAGACCUCAGGAAGACCUCAUCCACCUUCUCUCCACCAAGCCCUUACAGCCCACCCAACAGCAGACCGCUGUCCAGUCCUCUGGACGAGCUGGCCAGCCUCUUCAACUCGGGAAGGAGUGUGCUACGCAGGUCUGCAGUGGGACGAAGGAUCAGGGAGGCUGAAGGUUUUGAAACUAACAUGAACCUGAGUAGCCGGGAUGAACCCAGUUCAUCAGAAAUGGCUUCAGAGACUCAAGACAGAAACGCCAACAACCAUGGGACUCAACUCUCCAGUUCCCUGUCUAGCGAUGUGACGGCUGAAAAUGGAAAUCCUGUCACCAAUGGUUUAGCUGAGGACGAUGGGUGCUCAAGGCUGUGUCUGAGUGGCAUGGGGACUUCAUCAUUUCAGAGAAAUCGGGAGAGCCACACCACCCAGAUCAUCCUGGAAACUAGUAAAGCACUAAGGAGCCAUCCCGCUUUGGAGACCCUUUCUACGGAUGCCUUGAGAUUGAGGUUAUCCAUCAGCUGAGGCUCUCUGAGAAUGAAAGCGUAGCUCUGCAGGAGCUGCUGGACUGGAGGAGGAAGCUCUGUGAGGCCAGAGAAGGCUGGCAGGAAGCCCUGCAGCACCCGGAGCCCCGUGCACCUCCGCCGCCACCCUGCAAGAAGCCGACACUCCUAAAGAAGCCUGAGGGGGGCUCCUGCACCAGGCUGCCUUCCCAACUCUGGGACAGCAGUAUGUGAUCCAGCGUGGACUGUGGGCACCUGUCUGAGCUGUCUAGUGACUGCAGGCUGCUUCUGCAGGAGGCUGCCUUCCAAUGCCUGAGGUCUCACCAGGCUUCUCCACAAAAGCACAGGACACUAACGAUGACUACCCGAGACCUCCUGUGUGUGCCGGUCUGUGUGUGCUCACCAGUUCCUUCUCCAUUUCUUGAUAGCACACUGAAUUUUAGGACCACACUGCUCCCAGAUAGCCAGAGGCAUGGAGGCAUGUGGCUGAGUUCAGAGGUCAGAGCAGUGGGGGGGGGGGGGGGCGGGGGGGGAGGUCCUCCAGGCAGCUGUUUCUAAUACACCCCACAGUGGCCACUACCCUACCAGUGGCUGUCAUAUGGUGCAGCACAUAGGACAUAUGUUUCAUUUCUUUGUAGUUGUCUGUCAUUAGAAUUACAAACCUGAUGACCGUUUUACAUGUUUAUGACCAUAUUUUAUAAUGUUAUACACCUGGUGUGUUCCCUUUCUUCAAAAUACAGAUUUUAAAAGACCAUUUCUAGGAUUUCUUUUUUAAUUCUACGUACUUAUUUUUAACCCAAAGCCCCUCAAGUCCUGGGGACUAUGCGUUGCUCUGGCUUUAACAGUUGCCUACAGCAACGCUGGUCGAGAGGUAGAGUUUAUGUGCCCUGUCCCUCCACUCUCCCCUGCACCAUGCAUCUCCCUUGGGUACACAUGGCUUUGGCAUUCAUUGGUUAAGCUUCAUCCCCACCCAACCCCUCAGCUUGGCGUAGACGGCAGGAUGUUUAUGGUUCAAAACGUAUGGCUUCAAGUUCCUGGCUGGUGAUACAGGACUUUCAACAGUACCGAUAAGCAGGCUGAAUCUCACGGGACAGAGCGGUGUGUUGCCCUCCCCUAGGGACGCUGCAUGACUCUCUUGCUAUGUGCCCGACUGGCUGUCACGUGCGUGUGAUAGCCUUGCUUCUCCAUGUCUUUCUGCCCACUGUCCGUGAGUUCUGAGCAGUGGCUCCACCAGCCAUCUGCCACCUCCCCCGCCCCGCCCCUUGGACUUGUUCAUUCAUUUCCGCCAUUGCCGGGCUUCUGUGCCAAUAAAAGGGUGCAACUGUA